GGAACCAAUCAGGGAUCUCAGCUCUGCGGCCCCCUCUCUCUCAUCUCCGCAGGCUUGGCGACGCCAUGUUUCAAGGGCAGCGCGGUUGGUUUUGCGGCAGCGUUAGCCAGGAUCUGAGGCAAUUCUGGGUGGCUGAAGGGGGAACGAUCAGUGACCCGCGAGCCGCCGACUUCUUGUUCAGCUGUGAUGCCUCGCACCCAGACACGCUGAGAAUAUAUCAGAGUCUUGAUUACAUAGAAGAUAAUGCUACAGUUUUUCAUGCCUACUAUCUCUCUGCAGUAGCUAAUGCCGAAAUAAAAAACUCGGUGGCUUUGGGUCAUUUCAUUCUUCCUCCUGCGUGCCUGCAAAAAGAAAUAAGAAGAAAAAUUGGUAGUUUUAUUUGGGAACAAGACCAACAUUUUCUGAUAGAAAAGCAUGAUGAAGUAACACCAAAUGAAAUAAAGACCCUUAGGGAAAACAGUGAACUAGCAACAGAGCACAAAAAAGAAUUAUCCAAAAGCCCAGAAAAGCAUUUUAUAAGAACUCCAGUUGUAGAAAAGCAGAUGUACUUCCCUCUACAGAAUUACCCAGUUAACAACAUGGUAACAGGUUAUAUAUCAAUUGAUGCCAUGAAGAAAUUCCUUGGGGAGCUACAUGACUUCAUUCCUGGAACCUCAGGAUAUUUGGCAUAUCAUGUUCAAAAUGAAAUUAAUAUGUCUGCUAUAAAAAACAAAUUGAAGAGGAAAUAGUAAAUUAAAUUGUAAAUACCUUGGCAUUUAUUUUCUAUAAAAUAUUAUACAGAUGUGCAUAGCAUAAAAUGCUCCCUUUUGGUACUGGGGGAUAGUGAAAUGGGAAAUAAUUUUUCUGUUUCUCAAAGUAUAUCUUUAGGAAAUACAGAAUCAUUUUGGUUCUGUGUUUUGACAUUUUUUCCCCUAGCUUUUAACAACAUGUUCAAAUAUUCUCAAUGCGCAGUUGUUAAUGAGUAAUUGCCGUUAAAAUAUAUUUCAUAAGAAGUCUCAAUCUCAAACUCUCCAUCUCUCAAUCCUCCUCUUCCUCCUCUUUCUCUCUUUCUCUUUCUUGCUUUCUCUUUUCUCUCUCUCUUUUCUCCUCCCCUUCUCUCUGUCUUUCUGUCUUCCAAAUGUUCUUUUGGCUUUAACAUUCUAUUAAUUAUAUUUUUUUCUAGAUUGAAUACUGUGAAUGCUAAGUUUUAUUAAUCUGGUCAUCUUAUUUUGAUUUUAAAAAUUAGGAUGCUAGUUGAAUUCUGAAUUACUGUUUCUGGUUUGAAACAUGGAGAAAAACAUUUUAAUAAUUCAUAUUUCAUGUUGGAUGGUUUCUGAUAAUAAAUAUCUCAAAAGUGACUCAACAUAAACAGACUAUGAGUGUUAUGUCUUGUUAGAUGAACCUGCAAGUCACCUUAGAAUCACAGUUCUAGAAAGGAACUUAAAGAACGAGUCCAGUUCACUUAUUGUUUUUAAUGAGGAAAUAAGGACCUUGAGAAGAUGUCUUACUUAGGGGGAUUAACUGGGGGCCAAAACAGAAUUGGAACACAACCCUGUUGAUUUUCUAGGCAAGUGCUUCCCCACUCUCCCAAAUAGCAUAUGCUGUAGCUUCUGUGCCAGGUACAAUACAACUGCAGAUCCGCAAAGCAGACCCAGAAACAAGCCAACAUGCUUGUCUUUUAAAUAAGCUGAAAUAGUGAGGGAGAAGAAAAGGAAAAAUCAGUUAGGCAGACCACUAAGGCUAGUCCUCUGAGAAAGAGCCUGAAAAAAUCACAGCUACAGGCAUAAAUAGAGCAGCCCGGGGAAAAACCAAAUGGCAGCUGCACUGAUAAGAAGGCAAGGCCCAGCAUAGAGUCUUUGUUCUUUGUGUGAUUAGCAGGCUCUCAGGAAAAAAAUUCCUCCCCUUUUCAGGCAUUUACAUGGUGGGCUCCGUGGGAACUUGCACAGGGAGGUGAGGGGCUUGCCUAAAACAGACCCACAGUUACACAAACAAGAGAAGCUGCACUUUGUGUUUACCCAAGACAUACACAGAUAAGGAGAGUUACAUACACAGCUUCAUAGAUAAGGGAAGUUACACAAACAGCUACAGAGUUGAGGGGAGUUUCACAUAAAAGCUUUUGGAUUCAACUGUAAAAACAGCAGCCCACUCGGGUCCCUUCUCCACUGUGGAGAGCUUUCUUUCUUUUGCUUAUAAAAGUUUUGCUCCAACCUCACCCUUGUGUCCAGGCUCCUUAAUUUUCUUGGUUGUGAAACAAUGAGCUCAGAUAACACCUCAGACUACAAGACCAUCGACCCUAGACAGUUUCAUUAGUAUUGAGUUGUAGUGAUUUCAAGAAGGCAGUUUGUUAUCUUUAUUCAUAUGGCCAUGUUAUAUACAGUCUGAUUGGUUUAUUACAUUUUUGUGACUUAUAAAUGACAGUGUUAUUUGUGAAGCUAUCAUCUUAGAACUGUACUUCUUCCAAGCAAGUGAAUACCAGCUGUAGAAUUAUCUGAAGAAAAUUCACACUUUUUUUUAGUGCUUGGACCAUUUGGGUAUAUGUGGGCCCUGGCCCUGGCCCUUCUCCCCUGACUCAAAUUUCAUAAGACAAAAUUUUAACGCUACUUUUGGCAUCAGCAUUUGAGAAUUAUAUUUUUCCAUAUGAUAACUUUUCCUUAUUUAUAUUCACAUCUGUGGUUAAGCCCUUCAGAUCUUGUAAAUUACACAAAAAACAGAAAAAACAAAAACCUUAAAUGUUAAUUAUCUUUCCCUGAAACACAUUUCUCCUGAAUACUUUAUCAUAGUUACAUACCAUUGAUUGUUUCUUGUAUAGAAACCAAGCCUGUCUGUAAAUCUUAAAUUAAUGACUAAGAGGAUUAAGUAAAUUUACACCAAGUUGUGUAUGUUGGAAUUUCUUGAAAGAGAGUAUCCAGUAUUUUUCUGAUAUAUUAUGCAUGUGUAAAUUAAAAAUUAUAAUGAAACAGUUUUUUAGGUUUGUUUCCCAAAGUGAUUAUAUCUUUAGAUGUAUAUAAAAAAGCAAAAUGUAACCUAUAUCCUUGAAAUAUUGUCAGGCACAAUAAAAUCAGUGAUAACAUAAGCCUUCCAGGAAUUAGAAGCAUAUG